AUGGAUGUGGUGAACAAAGUGGCUGAACAUGGACCUAGGUCUUCCAGUCCCCUCCAACCACCUCCAUUCCACACAUUUCAUCCCGAAGUCCAUGGAACCACCGGCAAUAUCGGGAUAUUGAAAUCGACAAUUCUCCCCUCAUUCAGUCUAUACUCUAGCCUUUCGGUUGCAACUUUUGUAGCAGCCAAAAAAACCGACCGUGUCGAGCUGAAAGACUGGCUAUGGCCAUCAAGCCAAGUCCUCAACGCAUGGUGGAGUGCCGUCGGGCGAGAUAUGUACAAGAAUAAUGUUACAUUCUAUGCCGCUUGGGGCAAGCUCAGCUGGACAGAGAAGCUCCUUCUUGGAUCGGUUACAGUUUGGGGCAUGAGACUAUUUGCCCGUAUCGCGCGUCGGUCUGUGGUUCGUGGGAAAGAUGAUUCGCGGUACGAGGCGCUCAAGAAAGACCCCGGGUUUUGGAGAACGGCGCUAUUCAAAUUGUUUCUCCCAGAAGCUGCUAUCCUGUCUAUUAUCUCCUUGCCUUUUACGCUGCCAUUCAACUGGAGUGGGUCCACUGUUUCACUCGGUGCGGAAUGUUUGAAUAAGAUUCGCGCUUUCGGUGUUGGACUUUUCAGUGCUGGGUUUGCACUGGAGGUCAUGUCUGAUACUCAACUCGAGCUUCAUCGUGAGGAGCGAAACGAUCUAUGUCGAGACGGAGUGUGGAGUCUAGUCCGACAUCCGAACUACCUUGGCGAUACUCUGGUGCAUAUCUCAUUUGCCGUUCUCAACUUGGCCAACUCUUUCAACCCCGUCGUUUUCCUUGGGCCACUUUCGAACUAUCUAUUCCUCCGAUUUGUUGGUGGCGACAAGCAGACCGAGGCUAGUCAAGAAGAAAGGUACCAAGCCAGUGAUACAGAAAAGCUCACACAGCUCCGAGAAUGGCAGCGUGAGAAAAACAGUUUCUGGCCAUCACUGCGAGAUUUAGUUAGCCCGUGGGCUUUGGCUGUCUAUAGCUGCGGAUUCAUGGGUGCUUUCGCAGAGGAAGUGGUAAGGACUAGAUACAACCUGUCUUGA